UAUAUUAACCCCACAAUUCUCCUAACUUUCAGCACUCUUCUUAUACCACUCAUAAAUUUCCAUAUUUCACACAAUCUAAAUCAAGCUCUACAUUUGUACACCAAAAUAUAUGGCAUCUACUAUAUCAUCUUCAUUUACAUCUAACCCAUUUACUUCCCUAUCCUCCACCACCAAUAAUCAUCCUCGCCGCGCCGCCACAUCCACGUCUCAUGUCUCAUUCCGACGGCCUCUCCCCACUAUCUCCGCCGCCUACACCACCACCAAUUAUUCUGUAGGGGUUGCUUCUAAUACUUCCCUACAAAACUCGUCGUUUUACGAGGUUUUGGGGAUUCCGGCGGGUGCCUCUGGUAAGGAGAUCAAGGCUGCGUAUAGGAAAUUGGCUAGAGUUCUUCACCCUGAUGUUGCUCUUGUCACAUCUAAUAAUGCCACGUCAUCUGCUGAUGAGUUUAUUAAGGUUCAUGAGGCUUAUGCUACAUUGUCGGAUCCUAAAAAGAGGGCUGAUUAUGAUCGGAUGAUGUGGCUUCAAGGCCGUCGUUUGAGUUACUCCCCUACUUAUUGUUCGAUGUCGUCCGGUACCAGAUACGGUGGCGGAACGACAUCGACUUCGGGUUUUUCCGGUUAUACUCGCCGCACUUGGGAGACUGAUCAGUGCUGGUAGAAUUUAUUAAGCAUCUAGUUAGUUUUGAUUAUGUACAAAAUUGCUGAUUAAGCUAAAAUUAAAAAAAUAUAUAUAUAUAGUUGAUGUGGAUAAAUUAGGUGUUACUGUACUUUGAAUUAGAUUAAAUUAAAUUCCUCACAUCAAUUAAGUUAGGGGUAAGUUGUAAGUAAAGUAAGAUGUGGAGGAAAUGUUUUAUACUACAAGAGGAUAUGUUUUUACCUCAUCAGUACUUCUAGAAUGAAGACACAAUGAAUAUUUUGGUCUCAUCAAUUUUGUCCUUUAUGAAACUUAAUAUUUCCUCGAUC